UACAUGAGUUAUGUUUGGGUUUGACAAAUCAGGGAACUUCCAAAAAGAAACCUGUCUGUGCAGUUCUUAUCUAACUCACACCAUCCCAGGGUGGAAUCUUGUGGAGUUUGUUUUGAGGGAAUAAAAGAGAACUAGCUUGGGUAUCAGUCUGACACAACACAAAAGCCACCUCAAUUGACUCCGUCUAAAAUGACACUUACUAAAGCUUAUAGGUGGAACACAUUGACACCCAAGCUAGAAAGGGAACUGACCCGUAUAUAGACGUACGACCUUAGUGGACAUGUUCAUACCUGUCCAUUGAAAAACACCAAGCAGUAGAAAACAAAAGAAGUGUUUUAUUAUAUUGUUUUCCCCUCUCAGUUGAGCCCUCCGUUCAUCUGUCCAUGAGGCCCCACGGUGACAGACACCCCUCCAUGUUGACGUGCAGCGCCUACAAUUUCUACCCCAAACAGAUCAGGGUGACCUGGUUGAGGAAUGGACAGGAAGUGACCUCAAACAUGACUUCCUCUGAGGAGCUAGCCAAUGGCGACUGGCACCAUCAGAUCCACUCCUACCUGGAGUACACUCCCACGCCUGGAGAGAAGAUCUCCUGCAUAGUGGAGCACACCAGCUUCACUGAACCAAAGAUCCUCCACUGGGACAUGUCUCUGCCAGAGUCUGAGAGGAGUAAGAUGGCCAUCGGGGCAUCUGGGCUGGUGCUGGGGGUGGUCUUUGCAGCAGCUGGUCUCCUCUACUACAACAGGAGGAAGACCACUGGUGGUGAUGGUGAGUAUAAGAUUUUUAUUGUCAAAUACACCGGAUACAAGGUAAUGUGUUGUUUUACAGG